CUCAUUUCAAUAAACUAACUUCCGUACCAUUUUCCCAAACUAAUUUUAUUGUAUCUCUCUCGUUUUUCUCCCACUUGUCUUCUUCCCAAUUUUUCCGCGCAAUUAAAUAAAAUAAAAGAAUAAUCAAAAAAUCCCACAAAAUCUGUUUUUUUUUUUUUUCCUUCCUUCUCUAUUUUCUCUCUCCUCCGAAAAAUGUGAUUGUAAAUCGCCUGACUUUUGCCGCCAUAGCUGAUAAAGCUUGAUCUCUGUAUACCUUUUCUCUCUCCUCUAUUUUUGUUGGUUUUUCCCAGAUGGCAAUUUGUCAUUGGUUGGUUGUUUUCUUUGCUUUUUUCGGCAUUGCUCGUGCUCUUAAAGCCACUGAAGGUGAUGCUGAUCCAAUUUACAGGGGUUGUGUGGAGCAUUGUCAGGAGACCGGUUGUGUUGGAAGCCAUCAGUGCUUUCAACAUUGCAUAUUCACUGCUGAUGGUAACAUUUCUGAUGGUCGAUGGUACCUUCAAGAACCUCUCUAUCUGAAAUGGAAACAGUGGGAUUGCCACAGUGAUUGUCGCUACUAUUGCAUGCUUGCAAGGGAGGAUGAAAGGAGAAAGCUUGGAGAGAAUCCUGUCAAGUAUCAUGGAAGAUGGCCAUUUCGUCGUGUAUAUGGAAUCCAGGAACCUGUUUCUGUAUCACUUUCGGCACUGAAUCUUGCUAUACAAUUUCACGGUUGGAUAUCUUUUUUCAUUCUUGUUUAUUACAAGUUGCCUUUAACGGAUAAGCGGAAGACAUACUAUGAAUAUUCUGGUUUGUGGCAUAUCUAUGGUGUCUUGGCAAUGAAUUGUUGGUUCUGGGCUGCAGUUUUCCACAGUCGAGAUCUGGACCUGACAGAGAAGCUAGGUUACUCCUCAGCUGUGGCGUUGCUUGGCUUUGGUCUUAUCCUGGCUAUCUUUCGAGUAUUUGAGAUAAAGCGGGAAGCCUCCAGGGUUAUGGUUUCCGCACCACUAAUUGCAUUUGUGACGACACACAUCUUGUAUCUAAACUUCUACGCUCUUGACUAUGGUCUGAACAUGAAAGUGUGCCUAACCAUGGGUUUGGCUCAGCUCCUUCUGUGGGCUAUAUGGGGUCGUGUGAGUCAGCAUCCUUCACGUUGGAAGUUAUGGAUUGUAGUUUUUGGGGGAGCUCUUUCUAUCCUCUUGGUGAUUUAUGAUUUUCCACCUUACUGGGAUUUUGUGGACGCCCUUGCUGUGUGGCAUGCCAUUAGCAUUCCUCUUUCCUACAUUUGGUGGAGCUUCAUUAAGGAUGAUGCAGAGUACAGAACAUUGAUUCUAUUGAAGAAGGCCAAGUAGAAAAUUCUGCUCCGGCUUGUAUACUGAGUAGAUUCGUGCUGUGAUCUCAGCUAUUUCAUCCGUUUUUUCUCUCGCCAUUGUGCAUCUCUCUGGGAUGCUUGCAUUGGUGGGUGGUUUCUGCUUUGACACCCCUUGGUGGCCAGAAGAACGGAGUUUGUUUCCACAUUAAUGUGUAAUGUGUUGACUAGGAUUUUUGUUGAAGAUGUAUAGUGUAAACAUUGUUUGGUCUUCCUCAGUUCUCUUGUAAGUUUUUUCAGCUUAGUCUGAUUGACUAUCUGAGUAUCUGUGCACUCUGUUCAAGAUUCAUAUCUUUAUUUGGCAAUAUGGGGUUGUUAUCUCUGUUACAAAAAGUUUCAUCUAUUUCGGUACUCUGUUAUAUAUCCUGGCCUUUAUUUAUUAUUACCUUUUCUUUUGUGGGA